GCUGCUGCUGCUGCUUGCUAGCUCGCGCGUGCAACUCGAUCUCGCUGGGGAGAGGAACAAAGUCACACAGGUACACUCCAUUAAAUCAGCGUCACUUUGAGGAGGACGAGGAGGUGGAGGCUGUUUUUAAAUGUACUUUUACGCCACCGAUUGUGUGACGAGGUAAGACUUGCAAGCAACGGCGACAAAAAAAAACUUGGUUGACAGCAGCAAGAGGAGGAGGAGGAGGAGGAGGCACAGCUUGGCAAACCUUCAACACCCCUCCACGAAAAAAAGUGCUCUCACGUUUCAGUUUCCUUUGAGCGACUUGGGGAGAAUGAACAUAAAACUCUAAACUCGCUGAUCAUCUGUGGACUUUGCGUUUUUAGAAGACACGUUAGAGAUUUUAAUAUCGCGGAGUUUUUUCACCCCCCCUCUCAAGUCGGCGACAAUGGGGGAGCAGCCAAUCUACACCACCAGGGCCCAUGUCUUCCAAAUUGACCCAACCACCAAGAAGAACUGGGUCCCUGCAAGCAAGCAGGCUGUCACAGUCUCCUAUUUUUACGACAGUACACGCAACAGCUACCGCAUCAUCAGCGUGGAUGGAUCUAAGGUUAUCAUCAACAGCACCAUCACACCCAACAUGAUGUUCACCAAGACGUCACAGAAGUUCGGUCAGUGGGCCGACAGCAGGGCCAACACGGUGUUUGGUUUGGGUUUCAGUUCCGAGCAGCAGCUCUCUAAGUUUGCUGAGAAGUUCCAGGAAAUCAAAGAGGCGGCCAAGAUGGCAAGAGACAAAUCUCAAGAGAAGGUGGAGAUGCUAAGUAAUCACUCGGAGGAGUCUGGACGUGAAACACCAUCAACCAACCAAGCUUCUAGCAUUAAUGGAACUGAUGAUGAAAAGAUCUUUCAUGUCGGUCCAGAGGUGUCUGCCCUGCUGAAGAAUGAAAAUGAACUCCUCAAGAGUGCAGUAGAACAGAGCAACACCAACGCCAAGAAGUGGGAAACUGAGCUGCAGACAUUAAGAGAGAAUAAUGCCAGGCUGGUGGACGCGCUGCAGGAGUCCUCUGCUAAUGUAGAGGGCUGGAAGAAACAACUGAGUGCCUGCAAGGAGGAGAGUGACACCCUCAGGGAAAAGAUUGCAGAACUUGAAGCUCAGUGUAAUGAGGCCAGUCAGGAGAAACAAAGGAAUGCCCAACUCUCCGUGCGCGUGCAGAAGUUGGAGGCUGAGUUGCAAGACAAAGAGCAGGAGCUGGAGAACCUGAGGAAGCAGGCGGAGAUAAUCCCUCAACUCAUGGUCGAGUGUGAGAGCAUCACUUCCAAACUGCAGGUUACAGAAACAAAGAACAAAGAGCUGGAAGGGAGGAUCGAUGUUCUUCACAUGGACGUGGAUGACAGUCGACAGAAGCAGAGCAACAUGAAAGGCGAACUGAAGAAGUUCAUGGACAUCCUGGACGGGAAGAUAGACGAGCUACACGAGUUCCGACAGGGUCUGUCCCGGCUUGGCAUCGAUAACUGAGCCAAGAGGCGGCUAGCGGUUCAAAGGUCGGGUACGUCUUCAGGGCACAAAAAAAACAAACAAAAAAUACUACAGCAUGUGGCACCCACCCAAUAGUGAUAUCCACUCAGACUAUGGGCGUUACUCGGAGAAGGAUCUCACUUGUUGUCAAUGAAGAGUCUCACUUUGAGAAAAACGCCUCACAAGCUGGUGGUGGUGGGUUGUUCUUCUCCACUUCUCCGUGUUUGUGGCUUCCCAAGAGGGGACUCCAAGGGCUACAAGCAUCAGUUAACAAAGGGAAUGCAGUUGAGUGUCACUCAACAUAAUUAUAUGGUGUUAAUCCCUACACCCCCCCAACCCUCCCACACACCGCAAGAGCUGAACUCUUACAAGUUGUCCUCGCUGUUGCCUCCUGUCUAUCUCAGGUGCGUCUCCAGACCCUUUGUGUGUUGAUGAAUAAUAGCCGUGAUGACACUAAGUGCCUCCGAGAAAGGGGGGGAGGGGCUCCAAAUGAUGCCAUCACUAUUUUUCUUAAUGAAUGGAGGUAAAGAAAGGUCAUGGGUAAUCAGACCGACUGGCCCCCUCAGUACUUCUUUAGAUAGCAUUUAUUUACAUAGAAAAGUCUGGUCUCAAUAGCUUUUCAUCCCAAACCAACAGAAGCCAAUUUUAGACACUUUCUAGGACUGUCUGUGACUGUGUGUCUGUUUUUGUUCAUGUGCUUCCUUACAUGAAAGUUUUUCUUCUGGUCGGGGUGGUGAUUUUUUUUUUUGGGGGGGCGAGUGGACCUGGUGCUUCUACAUAGGGGAAUAAUGUGAACACUACUACCGAUGGACUUGUGGCUUUUGUGGUAUAUAAUUUAUUUGGGUGCCUCUCCUUAGCAGUAAGUCUCCAUGCCUCCACAGAUGUAUAAUAAUAAUAAUAUGAAAUAUAGCAAACUUUCUGGCUUGUGAAGUUUUACCAGAGGACUUUGUACAACAAUAUUCUAUUUUUAAAUAUUUACUUGCUGCCAUAUGAACCAAUAUUCUAAUGUACCUCCAACCACUGUUGUAAAAAUUGGAAUUGCUGUGUCCAUGUUUAAACCAAAUACUCCUACAUAAUAACAAAAACUACUUUUUGUUGAUGAGCCAACAACUCUUGUAAACAUGUGACUUCUCUUUUUGUUGUGCAAUACAACUGAUUGCUAACCUUUGCUUUAAUUACAUCACUGUGUGUUUCUUCUGACCUUCACCUCGUUGAUGAAACCCAAAACUGAUACACAUCCGUUCAAAAAAAAAAAACAAAUAAGACGCGAGAUGUUGAGAAUGAAGGCUCAAUCUACAGAGACGUGCAUGCUCUUUGCUGUCAUUUUGAUUAACAGCAGACGAAAUUGAGCUGUAAUCCUAACAUAACACACACAUGACAAAUGAGAAUGAGGAUUUACUGUCAUUUUUUCCUCAUAGCAGACACAAAGCGGCGUCUUCCCACCAUGGAAAAACCCCAGUGAGGAAACAACUGCAGUAUAGAGGAUCAGAGGACAGGU